AUGAAUCUGAGUGCAGGAGGCAGGCCAUUGCUAGCGCUCUCCCUUGAUCAUGUGGGUUCUCCUGGUCUUGUGUUUCUAUCUAAUGGGGCUCAGCCUCUUGUCUUGGGGGAUUUUAGGGGCAGAGCUGAGCAGCAGGCACCAUUCCAACUGGAAGGCCAGUUGACCCAGGAGUCCAAGUGCCCAGGGUCAGGAAGGAGCGGGCACUGUGCCCCCCUCCAGGCCGGGGAGGGGAGUAGCAGCCCAGAGGGACGGAGGAGGGCUGGAGCACCUGCCCUGCCCCCUCGCAAUCUCGCCAGCAAAGGAAUUCCUGAGGCCAAUGUCACCAAAGCUGAAUUGAUGUUUUGUUAUUGUUUCUCUUUCUUUUCCUUUUUACUUUAUUGA